GGCCACACUGGUUCCACCCGCGCCCGCUAGAUGGCAGCGAGACCGAAGAAAAAUCAAUAGAAAUUUUCAUAAAAGCGAUUUGCCCUGCGCUCGGUAGUAGCAAAAAAUAAACAAGUUCGCGGCGAAAACAGCUUGGCAAGCGCCAGCCAGUUGAAGUUACAUAAAGUGCAUCCCCGAGGACCAAACAUUCCGCAGCCAACACCCCGGAUUCCGAUUCCAGUUCCAAGCGAAGCCAACUCCAAAAUCUCCGAUCUCUCCGCUCCUCCGCGGAAAUUCCGCUACGCUAAACGAUUGUGACCGCUGUCUCCGUGUGAAAAAAUUCGGAAAUCGGAAAAGUCCCAAAGAGCAGCGAAGAGAGUGAUCCGGAAGCAGAGAAAUAACAGAAACACAGAGAGGAGAGUAACUAGUAUAUAUCUCCGGAUCCGCCGUCGAGUUCGAGCGAUAAGAACGCCUCGAGACUCGGCCGCCUUCCAUCGACGAUUUUCUUGCGCCCCCAGUUUGCAUAAAACCAGCGAAAAUUAACAAGCUAACUACCAUGGCGCCGGUGCGGGGGAUGGCAUGAGAGGCCUGGCCGUCUUUAUAUCGGAUAUAAGGAACUGUAAAAGCAAAGAGGCGGAGGUCAAACGCAUAAACAAGGAGUUGGCCAACAUACGAAGCAAAUUUAAAGGAGACAAAACGCUUGACGGGUAUCAAAAGAAGAAGUAUGUCUGCAAGCUGCUCUUCAUCUUUCUCCUUGGCCAUGACAUCGACUUUGGCCACAUGGAGGCGGUCAACCUGCUGUCCUCCAACAAAUACUCAGAGAAGCAAAUCGGCUACUUGUUCAUCUCGGUCCUGGUGAACACGAAUAGCGACCUCAUCCGGCUGAUUAUUCAGUCAAUCAAGAACGACUUGCAGUCGCGAAAUCCCGUGCAUGUGAAUCUGGCGCUGCAGUGCAUCGCCAACAUCGGCAGCCGGGACAUGGCCGAGUCUUUCUCGAAUGAGAUCCCCAAGCUACUCGUUUCGGGCGACACCAUGGACGUGGUGAAGCAGUCGGCGGCGCUGUGUCUGCUCCGCCUGUUCCGCUCCUCGCCGGACAUCAUUCCCGGCGGCGAGUGGACCUCGCGCAUCAUCCAUUUGCUCAACGAUCAGCACAUGGGGGUGGUUACAGCGGCCACCUCGCUGAUCGACGCCUUGGUGAAGCGCAAUCCGGACGAGUACAAGGGGUGUGUAAACUUGGCCGUUUCUCGCUUGUCCCGGAUCGUGACAGCCAGCUACACGGAUCUUCAGGAUUACACUUACUACUUUGUGCCGGCACCAUGGCUUUCGGUGAAACUUUUGCGGCUGCUGCAGAACUACAAUCCGGUGACUGAGGAGGCUGGCGUUCGGGCUCGCUUAAACGAGACACUGGAGACGAUUCUAAACAAGGCGCAGGAGCCGCCGAAAAGCAAGAAGGUGCAGCACUCGAAUGCCAAGAACGCAGUGCUCUUCGAGGCCAUCAAUUUAAUCAUUCACAGCGAUAGCGAACCGAAUCUACUGGUGCGCGCCUGUAACCAGUUGGGCCAGUUCCUAAGCAACCGGGAGACCAACUUACGCUACUUGGCUCUGGAGUCGAUGUGCCACCUGGCCACGUCGGAGUUCUCCCACGAGGAGGUCAAGAAACAUCAGGAGGUGGUUAUUCUCUCAAUGAAAAUGGAGAAGGAUGUGUCCGUGCGCCAAAUGGCAGUUGAUCUGCUGUAUGCCAUGUGCGACCGUGGGAAUUCUGAGGAAAUUGUUCAGGAGAUGCUCAACUAUCUGGAGACGGCCGACUACUCGAUUCGCGAGGAAAUGGUCCUUAAGGUGGCUAUACUCGCCGAGAAGUAUGCUACGGAUUAUACUUGGUAUGUGGAUGUGAUCCUUAAUCUAAUCCGCAUCGCCGGAGACUAUGUUUCCGAGGAGGUCUGGUACCGCGUCAUUCAGAUCGUAAUUAACCGCGAGGAGGUGCAGGGCUACGCUGCUAAGACCGUUUUCGAAGCGCUCCAGGCGCCUGCCUGCCACGAAAAUAUGGUCAAGGUGGGCGGCUAUAUCUUAGGUGAGUUCGGAAACUUGAUCGCCGGAGAUUCCCGAUCCGCUCCGUUGGUGCAAUUCAAACUGCUGCACUCCAAGUACCAUCUGUGCUCGCCGAUGACACGGGCCCUGCUCCUCUCCACAUACAUUAAGUUCAUAAACCUGUUCCCGGAGAUUCGCACCAAUAUCCAGGAUGUGUUCCGCCAGCACAGUAAUCUUCGAUCCGCUGAUGCAGAGUUGCAACAGCGAGCCAGCGAGUAUCUCCAACUUAGCAUUGUGGCAUCUACGGACGUGUUGGCCACCGUCCUAGAGGAGAUGCCUUCGUUCCCGGAGCGCGAGAGCUCCAUUCUGGCAGUGCUGAAGAAGAAAAAGCCCGGCCGGGUGCCGGAGAACGAGAUCCGUGAGUCGAAGAGCCCUGCUCCGCUGUCUUCUGUCACGCAGAACAACGCCCAUGCGAACAACGCGCACAGCAAGCUGAACAACAGCAACGCGAAUACGGAUCUUCUCGGCUUGAGCACUCCGCCAUCAAAUAAUAUCGGCAGUGGUAGCAACAGCACGCUCAUCGAUGUUUUGGGAGACAUGUACGGCAAUAGCAACAACAAUUCCAGUGCCGUGUAUAACACCAAAAAGUUCUUGUUCAAAAACAACGGAGUUCUAUUUGAGAACGAAAUGCUGCAGAUCGGCGUGAAAAGCGAGUUCCGCCAGAAUCUGGGACGAUUGGGCUUGUUCUACGGCAACAAGACACAGGUUCCCCUGACGAACUUUAGUCCCGUCUUGCAAUGGUCCGCUGAGGAUGCGCUCAAGCUGAACGUGCAAAUGAAGGCGGUGGAGCCUACCCUGGAGGCCGGCGCCCAGAUCCAACAACUGCUUACUGCGGAGUGCAUAGAGGACUAUGCAGAUGCGCCAACCAUCGAGAUCAGUUUCCGCUACAACGGCACCCAGCAAAAGUUCAGCAUUAAACUGCCAUUAAGCGUGAACAAGUUCUUUGAACCAACUGAAAUGAAUGCCGAAUCCUUCUUUGCGCGAUGGAAGAAUCUGAGCGGAGAACAACAACGGUCACAGAAAGUGUUCAAGGCUGCUCAGCCACUGGAUUUGCCUGGAGCCCGCAACAAACUAAUGGGCUUCGGAAUGCAACUGUUAGACCAGGUGGAUCCCAAUCCAGACAACAUGGUCUGUGCAGGCAUCAUCCAUACGCAAUCCCAGCAGGUGGGCUGCUUGAUGCGAUUGGAGCCAAAUAAGCAGGCUCAGAUGUUCCGUCUGACCGUUCGGGCUAGCAAGGAGACUGUGACACGGGAGAUCUGUGACCUACUGUCGGAUCAGUUCUAAGCCACAAUCAUGGACGGGGAGCGGUCGAAACGGAGCUACGCAGCCACGAAGCCACGAAGCCACGGAGCCACGGCAACCACUUUACAAUGCACAAUCCCAAUCACCUAGAGAAAUAUCAAAGCAAAAACGGCCCUCGAACUUUGCGCGUUUAGUUAUGCCAGCCACUCCUACACUCUUCAUACGUACCUUUCAUCUUCUCUAGCACCGAGUUGCGGAGUGAGCUAUACCCACUUUCCUGUUUCGAUUUGAAUAUUCUUUUUGUAAACCCACUCGUACUUUACCCAUUUUCCAUUUUCACGCCCCCAAACUCAAUCACCCGAAUCCGUAUCAGAAUUCUUUGUAAAUGUUAAGCUCAAAAAGUUCAUAGUAGAGAAACGAGAGAACAUAAUUAGAUUAUGUUAAUAUGAAUGACAAAUUAUAUAUUGUUGCAUCAUUUCGAGGCAGUAGCAAUUGGAUAUUAUAUACCUAAACACAGAUAUACAUUCAUACAAACCACAUACAUAUACCUAGUAUAUACGUCGUUGUAAUAAAAACAGAAAACAAUAUACAUAAAACAAAAGAGACAAGCUUGCAAGGAAAUUAUUAAGAUGAAUGCAAAUGGCAAAUAUGCAAAUCGUUAUCUAAAUAUUUAUACAUAUAUUGAUUAUUGCAAUUGCAUCAAAACGAAAUUCAUGUUUAGUGUUUUUGAUUGUGACGAUCCGUUGGAGGAGUUGCAGGAGCAAAAAUCUCAUUAAAUAAUAGACAAAUAAUUAGAGGCGGAUCAACAAAGAACUCCUUGAUUAAUCACUGUUGAGCAAACUUAAAAUUUAUUAAAUUGUCGAAGAGGAGUGAAAUUUCUAGGAAAGGAAAGCAAAACAUUCAAAAUAUUAUUAUACUUAUAGAAGAAUUUUUCGAUUGAUCCUGUGUAUUAUUUCGUUUCGUAUGUGUACCAUAGAUAAACUGAAGAAAACUAAAUGUUGUGCCGCUUCCUGGGAAGGACAGCGAUCUUUAUAGCACCAAGUAUUAACUUAUCCGCAGUAGCAAGCCAUAAACCUGCUGAUAACUCCUUUCAAUCGUGAGGCGGCAGCCGAUGAAGAACAAAGAAUUGUAAACUAAAAUAUACAUUAUAUAGAUACUGAUACUGAAUACCGAUAACGGAAAUUGUCAUCGUAUACUUAUUACCACUAAACUCUCAAUCCUUUCGUAUCAGCCAAUGUGCAUGUCAGUUGGAGGUUGAAGCCUUUCCAAAGUGCAAUAGUUAAAUGUUACAAAAUUCUACGAAAAUUCCAUUCAACACAACAUAAAAAGCGACUACAACAGCAACAAGAACAUAAACACAACUACAUAUAGCAAAUGCAGGAAUUUAACUGUAAACGGAAACAAAUAUGUAUUUAAAUAAAUAAAUAAAUAUAAAUUGAAACCA